UUUUGGAGUCUAUUCCUGGUCUACGGCUACCGUUCCGUCAUAACUAUAGUCAUCAUCUCAAUGGUUGGCCGCAGACCUAACAUAUAUAAUAAGACCCUAUUAUCAGAUGCUUGUGCCGAUACACCCAACCAUACCCACAGCUCCGACUCAUUGGCAUCGGUAGCCGAGUUUGCCGACUGGGACGACACCAUUCAAGCCCUCAUCUUAAGCUCAUUUUACUACGGAUAUGUCAUAACACAACUGCCCGGCGGUGUACUCGCGGAAAGGUAUGGCGGGAAAUGGAUUAUGGGCACCAGUAUGCUAUUGGCUGCCAUACUAUCCCUAUUGAGCCCGUGGGCGGCGCGCCUGGACUACAGGGUGUUUAUCGUGACUCGUGUGGGACUGGGAUUAUGCGAUGGAGUGGUAUAUCCGGUGAUGUGUGUAAUGAUCGCCAAAUGGAUGCCCGAAUGGGAGCGAAGCCGCGGCACUACUAUUAUAUUCACCGGCAGUUCCAUAGGAAUGGUAGUCUCCAUACCGGUGGCCGGCCUACUAUGUGACGAAAGUGGAUCCAUAAGCUCGGAUACCGUUCCCCUAAUACCAAGUCUGUACCAACACAUACCGGCCCGCUUUGUAUUUGUAUUUUUCAGUUUUUGGAGUCUAUUCCUGGUCUACGGCUACCGUUCCGUCAUAACUAUAGUCAUCAUCUCAAUGGUUGGCCGCAGACCUAACAUAUAUAAUAAGACCCUAUUAUCAGAUGCUUGUGCCGAUACACCCAACCAUACCCACAGCUCCGACUCAUUGGCAUCGGUAGCCGAGUUUGCCGACUGGGACGACACCAUUCAAGCCCUCAUCUUAAGCUCAUUUUACUACGGAUAUGUCAUAACACAACUGCCCGGCGGUGUACUCGCGGAAAGGUAUGGCGGGAAAUGGAUUAUGGGCACCAGUAUGCUAUUGGCUGCCAUACUAUCCCUAUUGAGCCCGUGGGCGGCGCGCCUGGACUACAGGGUGUUUAUCGUGACUCGUGUGGGACUGGGAUUAUGCGAUGGAGUGGUAUAUCCGGUGAUGUGUGUAAUGAUCGCCAAAUGGAUGCCCGAAUGGGAGCGAAGCCGCGGCACUACUAUUAUAUUCACCGGCAGUUCCAUAGGAAUGGUAGUCUCCAUACCGGUGGCCGGCCUACUAUGUGACGGUACGUUUAUGGGCGGCUGGCCCGCCGUGUUUAUCGUGUUUGGGUUGGCCGGUUGUGUAUGGGUUGUGUUGUGGGCGGUGUUUGUCUACGAGAGCCCCGACACUCACCCCUAUAUUUCCAUAGAGGAGUACGAGUUCAUUGUUGUCAACCAAACACCCGAUGACUGUCGAAAGGCACGGGUCUACACGGGUUUCAUUUCUCCGGAUUUAAGUCGACUCACAUCGAUAUGGCACCGGAUUUUUCGGGAGUUUUAUAUGGUUUGA